AUGCAGAAGGUCUUAAAAAUCUCCAGCAGCCAAGUUGGCAGGGUUCCUGAGAUGCCUAGAAAAGAGGAACUAGCAGUGCCAACCAAUGACAUGCUCCCGCGGGAGUGUUGGGCGAGUCUGGAGAUGGACAGGAGUAGCGGCCCAACUCUGUUAAGAGAUGACACCUCUUGGCCACAAGUCCUGAUUGUACAGCUUGGGUGCUUUCUGACUGACCUAAUGGUGCAUGAGCUCAAAGUCCUGAUCAACAUCCUGAACCUCACUCAAGAGGAGAAUCUUAUUCCUGUCCUCUACCACAUGUACACAUUCCGUAGCAGUCGGAAGAUUGGCUUUAUUAAGCUGCACCCUAUUGUGACCCAAAUUCAGAGAGAGGCAAUGGAAACAAAACUUACUUUCGACUCCUACGUCAUACCAAUGCUAUGUCCGCCUGUGCCUUGGACAUCUCCUAAAAGCAGUGCUUACCUCCUAAUGCCCACCAAGCUGAUGCGUGCAACCGAUGGAGCCAUCCAGCACCAAUUCCUUCUGGAGAAGAGCCAAGAUGAGGAUCUCCAUGCCGUGCUGGACUCCCUCAAUCAGGUGGGCAACUGCGCUUGGAAGAUCAAUAAGCCCCUGUUGGAUAUUAUCAUCUCGAUCUUCAAUGACAAGGGGAGCGACAAGCUCUGCAUCCCUCCACCCUUGUCCGAAGCUCCCGAAAUUCCACGUUUCAACCCUCACGACCCUACGUAUACUCAAGUGGAGAAGGCCUAUAUGAAACAUGAGGGCAUUAAAUCCAAGAAGAAGGUUGCAGAGAUGCACAGUCUCCAAAUGUAUGCUCUUUAUAAGCUGUCCAUCGCCAACCACGCCAGGAUCUUCUGGUUCCAUCACAAUAUGGACUUCCGUGGCUGUACGUACCCUCGGCCGCCUUAUUUUAACCAUCUGGUAAGUGAUGUGACAAGGGCUUUGCUGCUGUUUGCUGUGGGAAGACCUCUUGGUCCUAAAGGUCUUGAUUGGUUGUAGAUCCACCUGGUGAAUCUUACUGGUUUGAAGAAGCGUAGCUCACUAGCUGGAAUACUGGAGUAUGCAGAGAGUAUCAUGGAGGAUAUUCUCGACUCGGCAGACCAUCCUCUUGAUAGUCACAGCUCUAUUUUGCUGGGUCGGAAAUGGUGGAUGAAUGCAGAUGAGCCUUGGCAGGCACCGGCUUGUUGUAUGGAGCUAGCAAAUGCCUCUCGGUCACCUGACCAUACCAGUUUCAACUCCUUUUUCCCUGUUCAUCAGGAUGGCUCUUGCAAUGGCCUCCAGCACUAUGCUGCUCUCGGGCAUGAUGUGAUUGGUGCUACUUCGGUGAACCUAAUGCCCUGUGAAGUUCCUCAGGAUGUGUACAGUGGUGUUGCUCAUCAGGUGGAGGAGUUCAGGGCUCGGGAUGCAGACAAGGGUUUGAAGAUUGCACAGGUGCUGGAGGGCUUCAUCAGCAGGAAGGUGGUGAAGCAGACGGUGAUGACUGUGGUCUAUGGCGUCACUCGCUACGGGGGCCGUCUAAAGAUCGAAAAGCGACUCAAGGAAAUCGAUGAUUUCCCUAGGGAAUGCAUAUGGGAUGCUUCACAUUACCUGGUGCAUCAGGUUUUCAGCAGCUUGAAGGAAAUGUUCACUGGGACGAGGGAGAUUCAGGACUGGCUAACAGAGAGCGCUAGGCUAAUGUCGGGGAGAACGGUGGAGUGGGUGACGCCGCUGGGACUUCCUAUUGUUCAGCCUUACCACAGAAUGAAAAACCAAAUGCUCAAGAGCAGCAUGCAGAAUCUGAACAUCCACAUCAGCCAUGAUGCCAAUGAGAAACCAGACAGUGUGAAGCAGAAGAAUGCCUUCCCUCCUAAUUUCAUCCACUCACUGGACUCCACUCACAUGAUGAUGACAUUGCUGCAUUUCUAUAGGUGUGUCGUGAGCAGUUUGUGGCUCUUCAUAGUCAGCCCAUUCUGGAGGAGCUGUCCAAGUUUCUCCUGCAGAAAUAUUGCAGUAGACCACCGUGAUUGCAAUCUGGAGAAGGUUAAAAAAAUCCAUCUAUUUCUUCAGCUGAUGACUGUAUCGCAAAGCUGACAGACAGCUUUCAUCAGGAACACGAGAGCUCUCCAAAGACCUCGUGAAAAUAUAUUGCUGCUUUUUAACUACACCGAAAGUGUGCUUGACUGAGACCAGAUUGGUUGAUAUGGUGGAUAAGUAUGUAUGUGUGAAUGUGUGUGUCUGUCUUGUUAUAAAGACAUCACUUAAGUACUGAAGCAGAGUCCAGGCAGAGGCAAACAACAGCAGUCGCCCUUGUGUGUCUAUGUAUAAGCGCAUCGUUUUUUCCUGGUAUGGAGCGAGGACGCUCUCUCGGCAUGGCUCUGAUCCGGUCCUUCGCUCCUGAGUGCUUGCGCUGGGUUGAUUAACCACAUGAUCUGGGCUCUCAUCGAUUUCAAGGCAGCCCAUCUGAAAAGCCCUCUCUGACAUUUCCACUUGGACAUGAUUUACCUCCCAGCAUCCCUUCACAGCUGGCUCUACUCUCACAUUCAAAGCCAGAGAAGGAACGAGAGAAUUAUAACAAUGCACCUUUCUGAAUGUUUUAGAGCCACAA